CUGAAACUGGUUAGUAGAAAAAUUUCCACGGAAUCAAGAUAAAGAAAUUGCUGUACGCUUCAAAUUUGCUCUACUUAAAUAACAUUUCUGAAAAAGCUCGAUCCGAAACUGAAAAACUAGCCCUAAUCUUAGGUUAUAGUGUUAAUCGUAGCCCUAAUCUGAUGGAGUCAUAUUUUCUAAAACUUGUUGACAAAAUAUUAAGAAAAGGACCUAAUUUUUAUAACCUAUAUUUCAAGAUUUAUCUUCUUUUUUUUUCAAUAAAUAAAAAACAUAUGUAAAGAGUGAACUCAAGGUUUACCUUAUGCAAAACGAAACUGCUUACUCUUUCCAUCACUAUAUAAACUCCCCUUUGCAACAAUUCUCUGAAUUAAACCAAUUCUUAUGAUCAGGCAUUUGAAUAAGGUUUUUGCAGAAGCUGCUGCAGAGAAACAAAAGUUAGUAAAAUUCUUCAGAAGAGAGAUGGCGGGGUCAGGAAAGAGACUAGCCACACUUGUGGGGUGCAACUACCAGGGGACGCGGUACGAGCUCCGCGGGUGCAUCAACGAUGUCGAGGCGAUGCGAGACACCCUCGUCGGCCGCUUCGGGUUCGACCCCGACGACGUCGUGGUGCUCACCGAUGCCCCGGGGGCCGCGGUGGUCCCGACGGGCACCAACGUCCGCCGGGCUUUGGGCGAAAUGAUCGACGCCGCCGGCCCAGGGGAUGUGCUCUUCUUCCACUACAGCGGUCACGGCACGCUCAUCCCCCACGGCAGGAACCGGCGGGACGAGGCCAUCGUCCCCUGCGACUUCAACCUCAUUACAGAUGUGGACUUUCGGCAGCUCGUCGACCGGCUGCACUCCGACGCGACCCUCACCAUAUUCUCCGACUCCUGCCACAGCGGCGGCCUCAUUGACAAGGAAAAGGAGCAGAUCGGCCCCGACUGCCCUGCGGGCGACAACGACCGAACCGGACCGGACCGCACGCGCUACAUCCCCUUCCCCUCCCUCUUCUCCCACCUGUCCUCCCUCUCCGGCAUCGACUCCCCGCACGUCGGCGAGCACCUCACGCAGCUGUUCGGCGAGCACGCGAGCUCUAAGUUCUCAGGGGCGCGUGUCCGGCCCUUCAGGCCAGACGCGGGCAUCCUCCUCAGCGGCUGCCAGACCGACGAGACCUCCGCCGACAUGCCGGCCGGGAACGGCGUCGAGAGGCCGUGCGGGGCGUUCAGCAACGCCGUCCAGGCGGUGCUGAGCGUGCACACGGCGCCGCUGAGCAACCGAGAGCUGGUGGUCAGGGCGCGGGAGGCGCUGCGCGAGCAAGGCGUCUGGCAACACCCCUGCCUCUACUGCAGCGACGCGAACGCCGACGCCCCCUUCCUGUUCCAGUCCAAAUAGAGCACGCACGAAUGCACGCAUGCAUUAAUAUGCGUGCAUUUAGAAUAAAACUUCAGUGGAAAACUCUCCAAUCAAAUGGGCAGAUGUUAAGCAACAGAUUAAAGUUUUAUUUGUAUGCAAGUGCAUGUUAUUUGUUUCUCUUUUGGGAGUGUGUCUCUUAUUAGAUCAUAAACAAGGGUACUGCCACAAAUAAAAUGGUGAUAAUUAAUUAGAUUUACAUUAUAUUGUGACAAUUGUAAAUGAUAAAUGCACAUAUGUUGCAAUAACCAAUUUGCAUGAUUUUACCAA